AUGGCCCAAGAGGCCAGCCCACCCAGCAAGAAGAAUCUUAAGCCUAACGUUCUGCCCUAUGAACUGAUUUUGGAGAAAUGUGGCAAAGCCCUGAAGAAGUGUACUUAUCUAAGGGUGAAAUUUGUUUUAUCCUGCGAUAUUUUCCAAGUUAGUCAGCGUAUCUGUCAAGUGGAAAAAUCUAUCGGUAACUGUAGUAGGGAUGAUCAAAUUGACUUUGACCCGUGCGGAGGCUUUCGAAUAACCUAUGCUCUGAAAGACCGCGGAAGAUUUCAAGUUGCAAUAUCCGAUGAUUUCGACGAGAUCACUAUAUUAAUGCAAGAAAUCGAGUCUGAAGUUGUUCCAGCAAUAGCACAGCUGUCUCAAUCUGAACUGCCGAGCUUUCUGUUCAAUAUAUUUAAGAGGAAAGCACAUUCUCAGCUCGUACCUCAGCCUCAAGCUCCUGAAAUUGUCGACUUUCUGACACCCUUUAAUUUCCCUCCAGCGGAGAAAUUAAUAUUCCAUUGUUCCGGCUCCUAUUUGUCGGGCAAAAUCCCCGUUCGUGGUAUCCUCUUUCUUAGUGUUAACUACAUAUCCUUCCUUCCAUCUCUAUCCAGCAUUGGAACUCAGUUUUCUGUUCCUUGGAUUAAAAUUGUCUACCGGUUCACUGUGACUUCGCGUGUGGAUGAAACGUUUUGCAUUAUUCAAAGACUGGCUGAUCUUGGUGCGCGACGAUUGCUGGAUAACGACGCCUAUACGGCUACGGCACGUGACCCUAUUCGCCUCUCAAGUGGUGGAUCCAUCCUAUCCUCACGCCAUCUCCUCUCACGACUGGACUCCUACUCGCGAAGCGAGACCUAUCGGAGACAAUUUCACCUGCCCACAACAGAGAUCCUCGAUUGUGAGGCCUUAUGCCUCCUCUGCACUCCCUUCGACAAGGGCGAACGACCUGGUCGGAUUUACCUCUCGGAAAACUUUCUCUGUUUCCGGAAUUGUGGUACUGCCUAUCUAGCUCUUGUCGUUCCAUUGAGUGAGGUGCUUACGGUUGAUGUGCACGUUUCCCAAGUGAAUCCCAAGUACUCUGAUAUUAUUCUCUCCACUAAAGCCACGGUGUUUGUUUUCACCAGAGUGCAUGAUGAAGAGGGCCUCGUAGAUCGACUCAAAUACAUCGUCCGUAGUUCAUCGGCUAUUUUUGACAAUGGUUCUGAGGAGAUUGUUGUGGCAGAAGAUGCUCUGUGGAAUGCUGAUGAGUCGAGAUUGCCAAAUCGCUCUAGUACUUCUCAAGUACUGCUACGCGAAAUGGGGGAAAACGGCACGUCACCGAAAGACUUGGGUUCGCCCAAAAGUCCGGACGUAGAAAGACAACAAGACAAUCCUGCUGAUAAUGAAUCUCCUGAUGAAAAAACAGGAGUCACUGCAACGUCCUCUACGACUGAGGACCACUCGGCGCGCUUCAUCGACCUCUUCCCUCUCGAUGACACUUCUUCGAGCCAGAUGGAAGAGAGCCGUAAUGCCGCAUGGGAACGGUACUUUUCCAUCUAUGGCAAGGGCAGAUCCAUGUUUGUUGUCAACGAACUAGAGGAGCUCGUGCUCAAAGGCCUGCCUCAAAAACUUCGUGGGCGCCUUUGGUUACUUUUCAGCGGAGCCGAGAAUGACCUUCGAGCCAAUCCGGGCUGUUACGAGGCGUUGGUGCGCCAGACGGUGGGUCGGAGGAACUCGGUGUUGAUGGAGAUUGAGCGUGAUCUUCAUCGCUCUCUACCUGAACACCCUGCCUACCACACACCUGAAGGCAUUGCUGCUUUGCGCCGUGUUCUCACCGCCUACGCGUUCAGAAACCCCAAUGUUGGCUAUUGUCAAGCAAUGAACAUCGUGACGGGCAUGCUGCUCCUCUACUGCUCCGAAGAAGAGGCCUUCUGGCUCCUGGCAGCCGUUUGCGAGCGUCUAUUGCCUGACUACUACGACAGUCAGGUGGUGGGAGUGCGAGUGGACCAGGUCGUGUUGUGCCGGCUGGUCUCUCAGCUCCUGCCUGCCAUCUUCACUCGUUCUACUCCCACCUCUACUUCCCCCUUCCCCGCCUCCCUUCUGUCAUCAGCGUCAGCGUCUAGGAGUUUGGACCACUCCGCCUCCUUUGUGAUGUCGCUGUUUAAACGCGGUGGUAUAAGACCCACCCCUACUGCUUUGAACAACAACAGUGGAGUGGAAUUAGUUAACCUCGUCACUCUCUCAUGGUUUCUCACACUCUUUCUCAACACCAUGCCCUUUCGAUGCGCAGUCUUCAUUAUCGACUACUUCUUUUUCGGAGGAGCCAAGGUGGUAUUUCAACUAGCCCUUGAGCUGCUACGUCUGCACCUGCCAAUCUUCAACGCCUCCCUGGAACGAGAGGAGGUCAGUGGUACUCUACUGCACCUCUCCCGUUUCUUCCACCACCUCAUCCCGGAAGCGUUGUCUUCGUGCUCAGCCCAGCCGUCAUCUGACACCAAAACGGAGGUGUCAUUGCACCCUUUGACAACAGGUAUGGCGUCGUUUCUCAAGGCAGUGACGGUGGAGCAGUUGCUCAAGUCGGCGCGUGCUAAUUUCGGGGAGGCGGUUACAUGUGAGCGUAUCGAGUCGCUGCGCCUGGCUUGUCGCUUGCACGUCAUUCACGCGCUCUCUGAGAGCUGUGUGAAGGAGGCCAUUCGCACACUGCAGCCUCAGCUCUCCGCCAGGCCUGAGGAUCUGGCUGCCAUCUGCUUCUCCUACAAGGAUCAUUAUAUCACGUCGCGUUAUUACCGGCCGCAACACGUGCAACCAGCGGCGCAGUACGGCAAGGUGAGCUCCCUCAAUCGACUCUGCUACGACAUGCAUCGCAUCGACGCCGAUCAAUUUCGCAGUCUCUUUUGUGCUCAAACGUCUUGGGGGCACCUUGCACUGCCGCUCUUCCGACUCCUCGAUGCGGACAAGGAUAACCUGGUUAAUCUACGUGACUACGCCUGGUUAUUGCUUCUCAUCUCUUCCUCCGACUGCCGUGGAAAACUGCGUCUCCUCUUUACGAUCCACUCACCGGAGUACCUGCGACCAGAGGACCGCAGUGGAUUUUGGGAGCGACGCUCUGCACAAUCUCUUCUCACCACCUCCUAUGACCUCUCCCCACCUUACUACCCCAGCGUCGGUGUGGAAUGCACCGAAGAACUAACCGAAGAGAUCACUGACACUGACUUUAGCAAGGCGUCUCUGCAGGAGGAUGCGGUGAUUUCUGCCGAAUCCUCGGGCGUCUUGGAAAGAAACGGCAGUGUUCUUGGUAUCGACCGUGAGCGUUCAGAAAGUAUGCUUCCAUUAAACACCGUCUAUACGGGACCUAUGGCUUUGGAGAAUCCCCCUCCGCUUCCGAAGUCCUCUUUCAUUGAUCUUUUGAAGACAAUCAACUUUCUCCUGCUGAAUAAUCGAAAAGGCGACCACGAUUUGCUUCAUGCACUGGCGAGACUCGGCCAGCAGUGUCAGCUGGCUGUCAUCAAACGCAAUUCAGGCCUGACAGAGAGUGGGGACACGACGAACGCUGUGUGGGAAAUUGACUUCAAUGACUUCAUGGCGGCGGCCUUUGCUAUUCCAACAUUGGUAAUGGCUUUUAGCCAAUGGUUUUCUUUGGCAAAGCGAAUUCCUGAGGCCAAACAGUUUUUAUCCUUCUCAUCAUCUUAA